AUGCUGGGUGCAAGUGGGUCAUGCUUCCGUCUCAGGGUUGGACGGCUCCUGGCUGAAAGACAGCAGCUCUGCGCUCCUCUGCGCCGACCUCUUGUACCUGGUAUCCUGGGCUCCACGGCAUUGUCCUGCACUGGUCAGAACAGAACCCCGGGGACCAUUGGCUCAGCUGAGAAGAUAUGUGGAGUACCUGAUAGCUCCAAACCCUCAACAUUUGACAAGAAAAUCCUCCUGUGGACUGGGCGUUUCAAGACAGAAGGUGACAUCCCUCCACGGAUCUCGCCACAGAUGCUAGAUGCUGCAAUGAACAAAGCUCGAAUAAAGGCAUGUUACAUCAUGAUUGGUCUCACAAUCGUGGCUUGCUUUGCUGUGAUUGCCUCAGCUAAAAGAGCUGCUGAACGCCAUGAGUCUCUUACAAGCUGGAACCUAGCUAAGAAAGCCAAGUGGCGUGAAGAGGCUGCAUUAGCUGCAGAGGCAAAGGCAAAGGCUAAAUAG